UUUCAGAAUCAUUGUGAAUAAGUGUACCAACAGUAAGCCAACGAAAAUGGCCGCACUUAAAAUGUUUCACAGCAGACAAUUCGCGGCUGCUACCGUUCGGUCUUUAUUAUCAAUAAACAGAUGGAGCGAAAUCAACAUCAAGAAAAAUGACUACAGCGUUUAUCCGCCAUACUAUGUUAGACCGGUUUAUAAGAAGGAGCAGCAAGCUGCUCUCAAAGGAACUGAAGAGGCCGAACACCUAGCACAUGCGCCGAUUAAAGCAGCUAGAAACAAUGAGACAAGUUCAGUUUUCCAUGAUGAGUUUCUAAGACAAUUUACCAACUACAUUAUGAAAAAGGGGAACAAGAUAUUGGCACGUAGAUUACUGGAAAAAUCAUUAGAGAAUGUGAAGAGGAUACAGUUGGAACGAUACCACAAAGCAGAGCCUCAAGAUAAAGUAGGCAUGGAACUAGAUCCAAAAAUAAUCAUGCACAAGGCUAUUGCAAAUUGUAAACCACUACUCAAACUGGAACGAAUUAAAAGAGGUGGAGCCACAUAUCAGGUUCCAAUACCAGUAACGGAUAAAAAUGCACAGUGGGUUGCUUCAAAGUGGAUGCUUGAAGCUGCUAGAGACAAGGAAAGUAACGCGCAUUUACCAGAAAAAUUAGCCUAUGAACUUCUUGAUGCAUUUAAUAAUCAGAACGGUCUGAUUUUAGGGACGUGUUAUCAAGAGGAAACAGGAUUUACACAAGCAAUGCGAAGCAAAUCGAGCCUAUGCUCAUUACAGAUGGAGCUAAAUAUUGACCAUGUUAAUUCCCUUCAUCGUCAAGCUAUUGUAAAUUUUUAAACCCAUAAAAUAAAUAAUGUCAUUCACA